CAUACUUUGGACUCUUCGAUAAAUUUAGGGAUAAUAGAGCUUGUAGGGUCCACAGAUGCUGAAAAAGACCAUAUUGCGUAUUUCGGGGUACGUUGAUUGUGGUAGUACCGUGGAGGGGGUGCUCACCAUGGUACAUGCACUACGUCAACACGCAGUGAAAGGUUAGACUUUAGAAUGUUUCCAACUUACGAGCUUACUUGGUAGGUUUCACUGAUGCCGUAUUCCAUACGGAACAUUUAACUUGAAACCUUCUCAAGAAACUACAUUGGGGAUGUAGAACCCGUCCUCAAAGGGUUCCCAUGUUUUGAUGACAGCCUUGAAAAUCAUGCAGUGGUCCAUCCAAUAAGCUAGCAUUGCAUUCACAACAGUGAAGUUUGCACACAUGAUGUAGGUUUCCACGCGUGGCUGAAGACACUAAAGUGCAUUGCACAAUCUUUCCUGCAGGAUAGCUGUAGGAGAUGAAUUUCAUCAAGAAGAAGAUCAAGGGCCACAAGAGAGGCCACGAGAGUGACGACGAAGUCGAGGCCGCCAUCUACGCCAAGCAGGUCGCCGAGCGCCAGCAGGAGCAGCAGCAGGCCCUCUCCUCCGCAAGAGGCAGCGACCCCUUCGACCCCUUCGCCGACCCCUCCGACCCCUCAGCACCGGGGGCAACCACAACCUCCCUCAAACCCGCCGAGGACGCUGAGGAGAAGAAACGCAACAGUGAGGAGUGGCGCUUUUUCGAGCAGCUCACCCAACGCGUCCAAGACACGGUCCAGAAGACCCAGGACACGCUCACCAAGAUCAAGGAGACCUCAGCCAUCACAGAGCUCAACAAGCCAGACUACUACCUAGAAUCCGAGAACCUAUCCCCCGAGGAACCUGCCGCCGCGGUGCCGGUGGCGCCCGCCAAGUCCCCUGCAAGGUCCUGGGUCAACUUCGAGGAUGGACAGCUGAGCACCGAGGCUCCAGAGGCCGCAUCCGCACCAUCCGUCGCGUCCAAACCGCCUCCAAGACCCCCGCCACCCUCCAAGCUUGUCGAGACCGUUGUGCCGCAGGAAGAGGCGGCUGAAAGCGUACAAUCGGCGGAGGACUCCCAACGACUCAACGGUGAGGAGCACAACGUUGAGUUUGAACUUCUGGAAGAGUUUGGGUUCGCACCCAGAAACGAGUCGAAGUCUCCCGUCGCCGCCGCGCCCGUCUCUCUAGACAGCUUUCUCGAGGGUCCGUUGGAGGACCCCGCCGACGACCCUUUCGACACUUCCUUCGUGGACGUCCUCUCUCAGCCUACGCCGAAGACAAAGGAGGACGCUUACGAGAGUGCAGAACCAGAGGAAGACGACCCUUUCGACACAUCUUUUGUGGACGUUGCAUCUGGAAGGAUUUCUCGCACAGAGAAGACAAAAGAAGGACUGUUCUCGCCUUCCGAGCUGAGCAACAAGGCGUCGCCAUCAACCGGAGCGGCAACCGGCACCUCAAGUGUUCAGGGAGACAUGAGUAACCCGUUUCUCGUCGAUAAUGCACCUUCGACGCCGGGGGAGAGCCUAUUCGGAGGCAUCAACGGAACGGCGACCGAUGCGGAGCCGCCGGCGGAAGUCCCAAAUUUUUUCUCCGGUUCGCGGAGGUCGAGCACGAACCCCUUCGAUAACUUGGAAGAGGACCUUGAGUUCUUUCGAAACACCCUUGUCGGCGGGACCGGCGAAACCGAAGACGCUUCCAAAGGUGCGGAGCUGUUCGAAGCCAUUGCAUCUACGUUCCCGUGCGAGGGUCAGCGAGACGACGCAGACCAAAAGGCAGACCUUUUUGGGUUCGGGACGACUGACGAUGUGCAGGUACCUAAAGCGGCGAUGGACUUUGAUCCCUUCAGUGAGGGAACCUUCCAAACAGGUUCAGAUCAGGACGCAAGAAGUGCAUUUACGACGGCGGCCGAGAACCAGCUUGCGGCCGAGGACCCUUUCCAGGUCGCCUUUGGGAAGACGAGUGUGGACCACGACUUUUCGCCGGAGAAGCAGACGGCUCCCGUCACGGAAGGGGGAGGUCUCUUCGGUGGUGGCGACUCUGUUGAGAUGACCGAGGAUCGGGCCGUUUCUUCUCCUCCCAAUGCGAGUGUUUCUACUGCUGCCGCAAACACUUCGGGAGGUCUCUUCGAAAUGAAAGACCACAGCCCUCCGAGCACCGAGUCCCCCCACGCUAUGGAGACAGACGCACCCGCAAAGUCGAAGCAGCAGUCCGAUCUGUUCGGCAGUCUAGACGGAAAGGCGGAGGGACACAGCUCCUUCGACCCCUUCUCCGACCUUGGCAAGAGCAUGCUCGAGCCUGUGCCCGCCGCCGUAGCCAGCGUCACGCCACAGAGAGAGGAUUUUGCUCCUUUCGGCCUGGGCGACGCCGCUCCCUGCGAGGGUGAUGUCGCUCCUCUGCCUGCCUUUGAUGCCUUCCAGGAAGCAGCUGCCUCUGCCACAAACGACUCUUCCAACUUUGACCCUUUCGGGAACUUCGAAGACAACACGUCCCCAAUGGAAACCAAGACAGACCUCUCCGUCACCACGACCCAAGACACCGGGAACGCCUUCGGAGAGUUUGACCUGCUCCAUGGGGAGCCACACAAAGCAGUCACGCCGACCAAGGCCCACGACUAUGACCCUUUUGACACAACCAACAUCCAGCUGGAACCCGCAAAGGGCGCGGUUCCCUUCACGGACACGGCCGCAUUUGAGGCCUUCGCCGCCAAAUUCGAGCAGGCGAUAGAGAAGUUUGAGGACACUGCCGCACCCGUGGCUGUUGCAACUGCGUCAGAUGCGUUUGACCCGUUUGCUAGUUCGCAGGCGUCCGUCCUCAGGGUGGAAGACCACGGGAGCGGCUCCGACCAAGGGUUUGGUGGCAUGGACAUCUUCGACCCGUUUGCCGUCGCCACCAAGCCGCCCGAGAACACGCCCGUCCGGAUGCCACUGGCCAAGAAGGCGCCCUCGCAGGACUCAUUCGAUGACGACGACGUUGGCCCAGACUUUUCCGUCGUCAUCCGGCCCAAGAUGAGAGAGGGCGGCGACAUACCGGAUGCCAUGUUGGGCCCACCACCCAAGCUCCUGCCGCCACCCAAGUCGCCCGUGAGGACGCCGGGGAACCAGACGACGACGGCAUCGAGGUUCAACCCCUUCGACAAGACGUCGACGCAGAAGGAUGACCUGCUCAUGCUCGGCGACGAGGCGGAAGACGAGGGCGGGCCGUCCCCCGCCGUGUCGAUACCCACGUCCUCCGUGACGGAGGAGGCGGUCCCUGCGCUCGGGGAGGCCGGGGUUAAGAGGGCCGAGGAGUCGGCAGAGAGUCCGUCGACGCCGCUGUUUGACGAGGACACGUCGCAACCCCUAGAAGAGUUCCGGUUUAAGUUUGAGGGCGAGGGCUGGGAGAUGAUGCUGCGUCACCCAAACAAAAAGAAGAUUACAGGCAACCGGUACUGGAAGAAGGUGUUUGUGCGCAUGACGGAGCAGAACAUUCUCUACCUCUACAACAAGAAGGAGGACAAUGAUCCCUUCCAAGAGGUGCCCCUGCAGGCAUGCUACUCCCUGUCCGAGGUGGGUGCCCAGCAGUUUGACGCCUACGGCAAGAUCUUCACAGUGAAGCUGCAGUACAUCUUCUACCGGGAGCGCAUGGGGGUGCGACCGGGACAGAUCUCCAAGGUCAUGCAGGGCCAGAUCACCAGCAUGGGCCAGUUUGCCAAGCUUGGGCUGCCGCUCGAGCACGCACCCCAGGUCUCCCAGCUGCUGAAGCUAGGGACCCAGUGCAGCGAAGACCUCAAGACAUUCGUACAGGUGGUGGAAGACGCCCUGUUCAGGCUGCAGAUCCACAGGGACCGUGCCCUCACGUACAAGACGGAGGAGAUCCAGGUCACGGUCCAGGACGAGUUCAUCGUGGAGCAAGACAAGACGGGGCACGUCUGCAAGCAGAAGGCCCGCGUCCGCAUCUUCUUCCUCGCCUUCAUUACGGGGAUGCCGGACAUCGAGGUGGGUGUGAAUGACCUGACACGUGAGGGCAAGGAGGUUGUUGGCAGGUACGACAUCAUGCCUGUGGUCACCGAGGAAUGGAUCCGGCUCGAGAACUGCGAGUUCCACUCAUGUGUCAUGCAAGAGGAGUUCGAGAACAACCGCGUCAUCAAGCUCCAUCCCCCGGAUGCUUGUUUAUUUGAACUCAUGCGGUUCAGGAUUCGGCCACCAAGGGCAAGGGAGCUGCCACUGCAACUCAAAGUGGUGAUGCAAGUGUCGCCACGCCACGUGGAGCUCCGCGGGGACGUCCUGGUGCCAGGCUACCACAGCCGCAAGCACGGCCAGGUGGCCUGCGAGGACAUCCAGAUACGCUUCCCUAUCCCCGAGUGUUGGGUCUACCUGUUCCGCGUCGAGAAGCACUUCCGCUACGGGGCCCUCAAGUCCGCCGCCCGCAAGCCCGGCAAGAUAAAGGGUCUGGAGAGGAUCAUAGGGGCAGCCCAGCCGCUGGACACCAGCCUCAUCGAGGUGUCCACCGGGCAGGCCAAGUACGAGCACGCCUACAGGGCGGUCGUCUGGCGCAUCCCACGUCUUCCCAAGGAGGGCCAAGGUGCCUACACGCAACACCUGUUCCUGCUGCGGCUGGACCUGACGUCAUUCGACCAGAUCCCGGAGUCCUUUGGCACGCACGUCGACGUCGAAUUCACCAUGCCGGCCACGAGCGUGUCCCACACCACCGUGCGCUCCAUCUCUGUCUCCAACGAGAACCCGCCGGAGAAGUAUGUACGCUACCUCUCCAAGCACGAGUACCGCGUCGAGCUCGAGCUGCAGACGGGGGAGGUGCCGCCCUCGCAGACCGAAAUCUCCAACCUUGCGGCCACCGCUGCUGCGCAGUCAGCGAGCUUCGAGCCCGCGCAACCCGCCGCAGCGGCUGUCGCGACCGCCGCGGACAGCGACAGCGACUAAGCCACGUGCCGGCCUUUCGCGACCCCGAUACGUCAAGAGUUGAACGUGCCAAUGAGGUGACAGAAGGGAGCUAGAGAGACUCCUCCGGAAGGACGAGGCAGACUCGCGAGACAAGACGAACGACGGUGCUGGAAAGGGGUGUACCUCCGAGCUCUCGGCGACGACGGUUGCGGAGGAAUGAUCUCGACGAAUGGGACGAUUGGGAAGCAAGUCGGGACGGAAGUGCCGAGGUCGCCGGUCGGCAAAUCCGUAGCGCCUUGUCGGUGGCUUGGUCCUCUCGCGUUGGCCGUAAAAGUCUCCGGUGCGCUCUUUGCUCCUCCGGUGCUGCGUGUCCCUUCGUGUAGGUGACGUCCAAGUGGUGUCUGCUCAACUUCCGGCUGCUACGGUCGACGUUGCUCGCUCGGGCACGCUGGGGAGAGAGGGGUGGUCCUGGUUCCUUUCUUUUUUUGUUCUCGGUGAAUUUGCUGGAUAUGUAGCUUGUUUUAAAUGCGUGUUCCGUGUGCCUGUGCAACUACGCCGGACGUCGGGUAACGGCUUUCUUCAAUUGGUGGCAACCUCGGAGGACCGUUUCCUUUCUGCCUGCAGUUUACAAUGAUGCUGUGGCUUCAAUCUGUCAAGAAGGCGCGUGGAUGUGUGUGUUGGGCCUGCGGAGGCACAAGACACGUUACUUCAAACAAAGUGUUCAAGCGAACGAGGAAGACCUCUGGGACGUUUAAGACCUGCAGGUUUUGUUUUCCUUAACUUAGCGUGCAUUGCAGAGAAACUUGGUUCCAGUGCACUCCUUAACCCCUUCCUGACGCCCACUGCAUGUUAUGCUGUUACAGCAGUACGGUACCGCUUCUAGAUAAAACAAUGGAGGUCGCACAUACACACCAGUACCUUUGCACUAGGUUCACAUGCAAGAAUUCAAAAUGAAUGCUGCUUGAAGAAGGGAAACAGGAACUGCUAAUGGGUACAUUGGCAAAGCCUGCACGCAGUGUUAAAAGAAAACCGGGGGCUACGUCCGCUUUUCAAAGACUAAAAUCUAAAAAGAAAAAGUUCUAACAUUGUCGGUCUUCUGUAAAAACCUCGGAGCAACUCUGGCAGCAAAAUAUGCAAUAACAAGCUCGCUGCCCACGGUUACUCUCAACGUGCUGAGACGACGAGCGCGUACCAAUGCGCCUACAUUUCGAAGCGCGCAGCCUUUAUACUUCCCAAAAGCAGAGUGCGGCUCCGUUCUUUGUGAACAACGGUGCAUUCAGUUUGUGCGAUCCUUCCCCUUGAUAACUGUCAAUGUAAGAAGCGAGACGGGGCAAACGUGCUGGCCCAAAACCGAAUUCCGACGACGAAGUAGACACGCCCACACAGAGCCUUCGUUGCAUUGGCUGCACGUCGCGUUACAUUGUGCGGUGUUUUUGUGUACAUACUAUUGAUGGCUGUGCUGUUGGUUUGCUUCUGCACGUUACUUUCCUGUUAUGAGCCGGUCACUUCUAGUCAAGGGCGUGUGUAUGCCGCAUCUAUCUCGUGCAGCUCUGAGACGUGUUGUCCCAAGGGAUAUCUUAUUUACAAAGGCGCACAUUUUUACACCCUCUUUUUUUUUUUCUUUACUAUACUUGCAUUUAUGGAUGUUUGUUUUCUUUACGUGACCGGGUGAAAUGACCGUAAGGUUUCAAGUACAAAAAAAAAAAAAGAGCUGUUAUCUUGUUGAUGUUACUAUGGAAUGCUUUUCGACGGUCUAUGAACAAGGAAUAUAGAGAUGUGUUUGCAACGACAGUGAUACUCCCCAAACUAGCUUGUCAUCCGUUGCUUAGGGCUAUAGUUUUUCAUUGGAUGAAAUGUGAAACUGCAGUGAGAAUUGUUACAUUUCACUUUGUAUUUAUGGAAGGCACCCCUUACUUCUGCGCCAUUUAAUUGCCACAAUUUAGACUUGCGAGCGACAUUCCCUUUUGAAUUUUUAUGGAGGUCGUGCAGACAGCUCUGCUAAAGUCUCUUGCUGGUCUAGAAGGGCGGGGGCUCUUCCCACAAGGCACUCUGCCCUUUCCGCUUUAGCAAGAGUGAAAGCUGGGGAGGAGGUGGGUGGAGAGGAGUGAACUACCAGUCGUGACGAGCAGAGAGCUUCGUUGAAGGGACUUGUCAUUCUAAACCUGCGACAGGGGGUUGUUUCGCUGCUACCGAGUGCAAGACGCUGCCACGGUUUUAAGCGAGAUAUUGCUUGUGUCUUGUGUGAAACAAUGUUGCAUUUAUUUUUUUAUUUCCUGAAAAGCCUGGGUCUUC